AUGAGUCAGCCCCAACUUCGCAAUGUCUACGACGGGUAUCUGUUUUUCAGAGCCGAUCCUCUCCCACAGCAGAGUGCGACAUGGGCUCGGGUAGAGCGCACUCAAAUGGAUUUUACCCAACCUGAACUCUAUAGUAUGAUCUACGAUCGAGCUUUCGAGAUUUCCGCGGCAAGCCAGUAUCAGGCUCUGUCAGAUGAGCGGCGUGCCCAUGUUAAUCAGCUGAUUCAUGAUCGACGGCAUCAAGACCCCUCUGGCGAGUGGAAUUGUGCCUAUGCGAAAGAACACAGAAGGUUUGUCAAUGACCGUGAUACUCUUGAGAAUGACGGUGAUGCUAUUGCAAUUAGGGAUCCGAAAGGAAUAUGA